UGAAAAACAUCACAGAGAACCUGCAGAAACCCUGUGCACUAACAGCAUUGAAGAAGCACUAGAUACAAGUAAAGAAGACGUCAAAGAAGCAUGUGAUCAGAAGGAUGAAGCAGACUUCUUCUUUCUGAUGGACGACUCAGGAAGCAUUGAGAACCAAGACUUUGCUGACAUGCAGACGUUCAUCAUUGAGUUUAUUAGUACUUUCCGUAUUGGGCCAGAACAUAUCCGCAUGGGCCUUGUGAAAUAUGCUAAAUUGCCAAAGAAGGAAUUCGACCUGGAAACCUACUCAGAUGCUGCUAAACUGAAGGAAGCUGUGAAGAGAAUUGAACACGAAGGAGGUGGCACCAUGACCGGAAAGGCGCUGUCAUCCAUGGCAAACCACUUUAAGGAAGCUCGUGAUCGGAAAGUCCAAAAGUACCUGAUUGUCAUCACCGAUGGGGAAUCCCAAGAUAAAGUCACAGCUCCUGCAGCUGAUUUGAGGGAUCAAGGUGUCAUUAUCUAUGCUGUCGGAGUGAGUAAAGCAAAGGAGAAGGAGCUGCAAGAGAUUGCCGGCGACCAAACAAGGACUUUCUUUGUUCAGAAUUUUGAUGCCCUGAAGUCCAUCAAGAAUGAUAUCUUCAGACACAUCUGUUCUCCAGACAUUUGCAAAGACAUACUGGGUGACGUAUUUUUCUUAACUGACAGCUCUGCGAGCAUCAGUGACGAAGACUACCAGAAAAUGAAAAACUUCAUGAAAUCUGUUAUCAGCAUGUCCGCCAUUGGGCAAAAUGAGGUGCAUGUAGGUGUCAUGCAGUUCAGCACCAACAUCAAACUGGAGUUCCCCCUCAACCAAUACUACAGCAAGGAAGAAAUGUGGAAAGCCAUUGAUAACAUGCAGCAAAUGAAUCAAAACACGCUCAUAGGAAAUGCCAUUACUGAGGUGUCGGAGUAUUUCAAGGAAACCAGCGGAGGGCGUUCUAACCUGAGGCAGUGGCUGAUAGUAAUAACAGACGGCGAGUCCCAAGAUAGUGUUACAGGCCCUGCUGCGGCUCUGAGAGCUAAGGGAGUGUUGGUCUACGCCAUUGGAGUGGGGAAAGCCAUCACCUCCCAACUGGUGGAGAUCACUGAUUCCUCAGAGAGGGUUUUUACUGAGAGCAACUUUGAUGGGUUGAAAGACUUGGAGAAGAAAGUGGCCUUGAAGCUCUGCGACCCAAGAAAGAGAAUGCAAGAAGACAGAAAAAGCAGACAUUAUUUUUCUGGUGGACGGGUCCCAAAGCAUAGGUGAAACGAAUUUCAAAAGCAUGCAGACGUUUAUGGAGUCAAUAGUAAACCAAACCACAGUUGGCAAGGACCUGACUCGCUUUGGGGUCAUUCGUUACUCCACCAGGGUCGAAUCUGUUUUUACUCUAAAGGACCAUGACUCCAAACAAAAAGUUCUUGCACAAAUAAAAAAACUGAUGCUACUAAACGAAGACACCUGGACUAGCAAAGCCUUGAAUUACUCAUUAGACUUCUUUAAUGAUCAGCAUGGUGGCCGGAAAGCACUCAAGGUGCCUCAGAUUCUCAUGGUGAUCACAGACGGGGAUGCUACCGACCCAUACCAACUGAAGCCUAAUUCUGAUGCACUGCGAAACAACGGGAUCACUGUGAUCAGUAUUGGAGUGAAAAAUGCAACAAUUAAAGAAUUGUUGACCAUGGCUGGUGACGACCAAUCUAAAGUUUUCUAUGUGGACAAUUUUAAGGCCCUAGAAACUCUGUACAAGAAUAUUUCUUCUAUCCUCUGCAAUUCCACUAAGCCAGUAUGUGAGAAAGACAAGGCCGACAUGGUUUUUCUGCUUGAUUAUUCUAGCAGCAUCAAUCAAUUAUCCAUCUACAAUCACGAGAUCAUGAAAAACUUCACCACAGAUGUAGUGAACAGCUUUGACGUCAGUAAAGAGUAUGUGCAUGUUGGAGUUGCACAGUUCAGCGAUAAUACUCGGAGAGAGUUUUACCUCAACAAGUACUUCACUAGGGAGGAUGUGAGCGCACACAUCAAGACUUUGACAUACAAAGGUGGAAACACUUACAUCGGACAAGCCUUGAAUGACAUUAAAGAGUACUUUUAUACAUCAAACGGCGGCCGUAGUGGAAUCUCCAAGAAUCUGAUAUUGAUCACAGAUGGUGAUUCUCACGAUGAUGUGGAGGACGAAGGUAAAUAUAUCAGGGAUCUGGGAGUUGAGGUGUUUGCCAUUGGCGUUGGAGACGUCCAUGACCUGGAGCUCUUGCAGAUUACUGGCACCCCUGAGAGGCUGUUCAAGUGCGAAACUUCAACGGAGUUGGCAAAUAUCAAAGAAAAAGUUAGUCGACACCAUGGUGCAAAUUUCCAC